AUGGCAUCAGCUGCUGUUCCUAUUAACAGUCGUAUUCCACCACCACGUAUCUAUGCUUCUAUUAAUCGACGGCGAUCAACAACUGAAACAAAGCAGGCAUUAUUUUUUGAUAAUAAUCAAGAUCAUGAAAAAUGUCUUAUUGAAGAAAAUGAAUUACGUGAAGUUAAUCGACGUCAAUUAAUACGAAUUGAAUUGCUUGAACGUGAUUAUCGACAAGCAGAUGAUGAUAUAAUUCAGUUACAGAAUGAACGUGAUCUUUUAUUAAAACAAAAACGAAUAUUAGAAGAAGAACUUGGUCGUUCAUCACAUCAUGCAUCAGCUAACGUUGACCUUCAUGUUUAUACACAAAGACUUGAAAAUGAAUGCCGGGAUCUACGAUGUCAAAUAACUAUACGUGAUAACGAAAAAAUUGAAUUAAACGAAAUUAUAGCAGAUUUUGAAGCACAAAUAAAACAAGCGCGUGAUCGACAAGAAGAAUGGCGAGAAGCUUGUAGUGAACUUGAAACAUUAUUAGCAACAGAAACAGAAACUCGUCAAUGUCUUGAAGUUCAAUUAAAAGAAACUAAUCUUCGACACAAAGAAAAUGAAAAUCAAAUUUAUCAUUUACAAAAAGAUUUAGAUGAAAUUAUUUUAGCAAAACAAGAAAUAGCGAAAUCGAAUUAUAUUUUAGUUCAAAAUGCUGAAUCACUUCGUGAACAACUUCGAAUAGCAAGAACACAAGCUGCUGAAGUUAGAAUUAUUUGCCCUUCAUCUAGUUCAUCCUUCGAUAAUUUUGAUGAAUCUUUAUCAUGUCUUGUAUACGAUAAUAAUAAUAUUAAUGAUGCGAAUGAUAAUACUCCUGAUUGUGAAAGUAUCAAUAAUCAAUCAAAAACUUGUCAAUCAUCAUUAUUUAGUGAAAUCAAUUCUCUUGAAACAAUGUCAAAUGAAAUUAUUACAAAAUAUCUUAAUGGUACAACCGAUGAUAUUGAACUUGAUUUACUUUUAGCGAAAACAACAACACUUUCAUCAUCGCUAUCAUUACUUAAUCAAUUAAUUAAUGAAGUUAAAUAUCUUGAUGAUUGUUUCAUUGAACAACAAGGGAAUGAUUCUCGUUUUGAACAAGAACAAGAACGUUUAUUAAAUAUGAAAAAUUUAUUAAAACGUCUCCUAGAAAAUAUACAAGUUUUUGAUACGAGAUUUCGUAAAUUGCAAUUGUUAUUGAUUGCUAGUCGAGAACAACAGCAAUGUUAUCAAGCUGAACUCGAUGAUUUCUUUCGUUUGGUUGAUAAACGUCUUAUAACUGAUGUUGAAGGAUUAUGUGAUAGUUCAUCUAAUCAACGAUGUCGUCUUAUAUCUAUUCUUGAAAAAUAUGAACAUGAACUUGAUCGUUUGCGUCAAGUUAAUCGUACCAAUGAUGAUACUAUUCGUUUAUGUGAACGACAAAUUGUUGAACAACAAAAUAUGACAAGUAAAUGUCGAAUGCAAAAUACGUUCCUAGAAAAAAAUCAACGAAAAUUACUCGAUAAAAUCAAAGAAUUAAAUAUUGAACGUCGACAAUUAAUUGAAUCAACAACACAGAAACGAAAUCGUCGACGAGCUAUGCCAACCGUUCAAGUAGAACAACAGCAAAAGAAGCCACCAUUAGUUUUACCUCCACCAUCCGAGAGUGUACUUCAUCAACAGCAGCAGCGUUUAACACGUUCUCGUUCGCUUCCGUACUUAAAAUGUUCUAAUAAUGGUCGUAAAUCUCGUAAUGAUUCCGGUAUUGUCUUAAGUGAUGAAAUUCUUAAUAUUCAACCAUUAUCAACAAUUCAUAAUCGUCGUCGUAUAAAAUCAAAUGCAACAAAUCAAUUUGUUAUGCAUACAUCAAGUCAUGUAUGUAUUCAAAAAACUAAUAAUAGUAUAAAUUCUAAUAGUAAACAAUUCAUGCGUAUUAUUAAUAGAUUUCAUUGGUUUUUUCAUAUACUUUCUCUAUUUAUUAUAUCAUUACUUCUAUUUUCAUUUAUGAAAUUCUAUUCUUUUGAUAAAUAA